AUGGCCGACAUAGAAAUGGAGGUCGACCGACCUGUGUCGCCGCCGGCGCGUAACGAGUCCGAAAUGCAAACCCACACCAAGGCGACGGCUGUCCGAUCCAUAGAGGGCUGGAUCGUGAUCGUCACAAACGUCCACGAGGAGGCGGACGAGGAGGCGAUACACGACAAAUUCGGGGACUUUGGAGAGAUCAAGAACUUGCACCUGAACCUGGACCGACGAAGUGGCUACGUCAAGGGCUACGCAUUGAUCGAGUACGCUACCUUGGAGGAGGCGCGGGCCGCGAUUGACGGCGCCCAUGGGACGAAGCUGCUGGACCAGACCAUCUCGGUGGACUUUGCGUUCGUGCGGCCGCCGCCCGGCAAGGGUGGCAGGGGAGGCAGAGCGGGCGGUGGCGGCGGCGGGCGAAGACAACGAAGCCGCAGUAGGAGCCCGGCGGCGAAGGGCGAGUGA